GACAUGAGUUGAUGACAUUUGAGUUCCGCCUAGGAGAGUUCCGAGCUCGUUCAAAACGCUCGCCGAUCGGAAUGGAAGGGUCAGUUAGAGACGUAGCACUACUUUGGAGGCGGCGAGCGAUGGCGGCGGAGGGAGAGGAGUCGUUGGCCGCGGCGACCGCUGAGGACGGCCUCGAGCGGCUCAUCCGAAACGCCUUGAGCGAAGGGGAAGAAGGUAGGUCGCCUCGCUUCGUCCAGCUCAUCCUUGGAGUGACGGGUUCGCCGCCGCAGGAAGCGGCGGACGAUUCCCAGCCGGCCGAUCGGAUCGUGCUCUUCAACCCCGUGACUCAAGGGAUGGUGGUUCUGCGGGCGGACGCGGCGCUUGUGGCGGAGUUAUUGUCCGAGAGCAGAGUGGGUGGAGGCCUGUCGCCGGCGUCCAAGGCGUCGAUCGAGGCGAUGAGGACGGUGCGGGAUGUAUUGGGUGAGGAGGAAGAGUGCCCGGUGUGCUUGGACGGGAUGGAUGGCGGAGGAGACGAGGCGGUUGCGGUGAGGGAGAUGCCGUGCCGGCAUCGGUUCCACGAGGUGUGCAUCGUGAAGUGGCUGGGCAUACGCGGGUCGUGCCCCGUGUGCCGAUUCCGGAUGCCAGCGGAGGACGACGCCGGAUCGAAGAUGGUUGUUGGCGAGGGGCGCGGAGAAGCGGAGGGCGACGAGGUGGAAAGGAGUAGGAGGAGGAGAAGUGGGCUUUGGGUCACCAUCAUCUACAGCGGAAGCCGGAGGAGCAGACGCAGCGAUCUCGAUCUACCCUCCUCGUCUUCGCCGGAAACAUCAGAAGACGGUGGCGUUGGAGAGAUGUAGUCAGUACCUUGAAACAGGGCACUUCUCUCCAUCCCCCACUUGCGUUAUGUUCCAUUACUUCACUGCUGAAGCACGGCCCCAUAACAUGAUAAAAUUAGAAGCAAGUUUGCAGCUAAAGGGUAAAGCUUCUGAACAAAGCUUUUAAAGAACACAAGAUGAAUCAAGAUUUCAUCUUUGGUCCAGCGUGAAUAGGAGGAGGCAACUUGGUAGUAAAGAAUCUGUGUUCUCUACUGUGGUGCGCGCACACACAGAGUGAGAGAGUAGUAAAGAAUCUGUGUUCUCUACUGUGGCACAAGGAAUAAUUGCUGAAACGGGGAAGAAUAAGUGUUAGAAAGGGGAGAUGCCAUUGGUGGGACGGCACUUUCACAAGAGGAUUAGCCAAUGGGGGGUGGAAGGUGAAGAGGGAGAAGCUUGGGACGUUUAAAUGGACUUGGAGUGGAGUUAUGGACCAGUGGAAAAAGAAAGCAGGGGGGUCUUAAUGGUGCUUUGGGGUGUCCUAGGAUUUGACAAAGCAUGGCAGGAGCAGGAACAGUGGGAGGAGAAACCUACGAAAACUCUGUUCUUGACAAAGAUGGAAGAAGGGUGCAAUUGCAUAGUACUGCAAAUUCAUGGUUUUGUACUCUCUUUUUUUAAAAAAAAUUAAAAGUGUUAUUUAUUAUUAUUAUCUUAAUUUGUUGGAGUUGUUCAUCCCUGUUGGUUGAGGCAUUCCUUAAACUAAGAUUUAAGAGUUGUGAAUAUAAGCAUGCAAAAAUCAUUGACACUUUGCUAUCGUUUAUACAGAUGGCUGAGAAACAUUUGAAGAGUAUUGAAGA